AUGAUACAGCUCCUCUUCACGCUGCUAGCGGCGGAGGGCGCCGUGGCGGCGACACUACUCUUCAAGACGCCGCUGCGGAGGCUGUCCGUGCUCGCGCUCGACCGCCUCAAGCAGGGCCGCGGGCCCGUCAUGGUGCGCACCAUCGCGGCCACCGUGCUUGUCGUGCUCGCAUCCAGCCUCCACAGCAUGGCCAAGAUCCGCGGCCACACCGAGGGGGAGCUCGACGGCGCCGGGGUCGUGGGGCUCACUCCCACCGACCAGGUCCUUCUUGCGCGACACCUCCUCGAGGCCUCGCUCAUGGGAUACUCCUUAUUCCUUGCUUUAGUCAUUGAUCGGCUGCACAACUAUGUCAAAGAAAUUCGAAGGCUCAAGAAGAAAUUGGAAGCUGUGUCAAAAGAGAAUAAGACAAUGCUAGAGGAAGCAACACAUGGAAAGCCAGAAGAGAGCAAGCCUGACCAGAAAGACAUUUUCGAUGCCAAGGAUAAUUAA